AUGGCCUACUCCACUCUGUCCGUCUGCUCCAGCGACCUCAGCUACAACACCCGGGCCUGCCUGCCCGAGGCCUGUGACCCCUACGCCCCCUCCUGCCUGGGGGACGACUGCCCGGAGAACUGCUGUGAGCCCCCCUGCUGCGGCCCCUCCUGCUGUGGCCCUUCCUGCUGUGCUCCCUCCUGCUGCGGCCCCACUCUCCUCUGCACCCCCAGCUGCUGUGUCCCCAGCUGCUGUCCUCCCAGCUGCUGUCCUCCCAGCUGCUGUGCUCCCAGCUGCUGCGCCCCAACUCUCCUCUGCACCCCCAGCUGCUGUGCCCCCAGCUGCUGUGCUCCCAGCUGUUGUGCCCCAACUCUCCUCUGCACCCCCAUGAGCUGUGGGCCCUGCUCCCCCUGCCAGCCGGCCUGCUGUGUGUCCCUCUGCUGCAAGCCCAUGUGCUGCACCCCGGUUUGCUGUAAGCCCAUGUGCUGUACUCCUGUGUGCUGUGGGGGCUCCCCAUGCUCAGACUCCUGCUGCCAGUCUUCCUGCUCCCCCUGCCAGACAGCCUGCUGUGUGUCGCUCUGCUGCAAGCCCAUGUGCUGCUCACCCAUGUGCUGUGGGGGUUCUCCCUGCUCAGACUCCUGCUGCCAGUCUUCCUGCUCCCCCUGCCAGCCCUCCUGCUGCAUGUCCCUGUGCUGCACCCCCGUGUGCUGUGGGGGCUCCCCCUGCCAGGCGCCCGCAUGCUCCCCCUGCUGCAAACCCUGCUCCAGCGUGUCCCUCAUCUGCCAGCCCACGUGCAAGCCUGCCUGCUGCGCCCCCUCGCCCUGCUGCCAGCCCAGCUGCUGCCGCUCGGGGUCCAGCAUGUCCCUGCUGUGCCGGCCAGCCUGUAAGCCCGCCUGCUGCUGA